AUGAAAUUCACUAAAGUCAUCACUGCUGCUUGUAUUGCUUCUUCUGUUGAAUCUGCUGCUGUUCCAAACUUAGACAAGAGAGGAGGUGGAAGAUGGAAAGGUGGUAAAGGUGGAGAGCCAUGUGAUACUCCAAAAGCUCCAGCCCCAGUUCCUACAACUACUCCAUGUGACACACCAGUACCAGUCCCAACUACCACUCCAUGUGACACACCAACUACUCAAGCUCCAGUUCCAACUACUAGCACUUCUCCAUGUGAUACUCCAACUACUAGCACCACUCCAUGUGAUACUCCAACUACUAUUACAACUCCUUGUGAUACUCCAACUACUCAAGCUCCAACACCAGCUACCACUUCUUGUCAAACUAAUGUUGCUCCUGUUCCUUCUGGAGGUAAUAAUGGUGGCAAUAAUGGUGGUAAUAAUGGAGACAAUAAUGGUGGUAACAAUGGUGGUAAUAAUGGUGGUUCUGGAGAUGACUGUGAUGAUGAUGGAAAUGGUACCGACAACGAUUCUGACAAUGAUUCUGAUAAUGAUGCUGGUGAUCAUUCAGAUGAUGAUUGUGACGACGGAAAUGGAACAGACAAUGACUCUGAUAACGAUUCCGACAAUGAUGCUGGUGACAACUCUGAUGACGAUUGUGAUGACGAUGGGAAUGGCACCGAUAAUGAUUCAGACAAUGACUCUGAUAAUGAUUCUGGUGACAAUUCAGAUGAUGACUGUGAUGACGGAAAUGGAACAGACAAUGACUCAGACAAUGACUCUGAUAAUGAUUCUGGUGACAACUCGGAUGACGAUUGUUAA